UUCUCCACGUCUCAGAUUUCGCAAAGGCUCAUGGGAGCGACCCGGACGAAGGUGUGUCAAGAUGGCGGAAGCCGAGGAGUCUCCCGGAGAACACGAGACAGCGACGCCUAGGCCUUUGUUUGCGGGCCUUUCUGAUAUAUCUAUUUCACAAGACAUCCCAAUAGAAGGAGAGAUUACCAUUCCCAUGAGUGCUCAUGCUCGAGAACUUGACAACUCUACAUUAAAUGAAUCUGUUCGCCAUACCAUCAUGCGUGAUCUAAAAGCUGUGGGGAAGAAAUUUAUGCACGUUUUAUAUCCAAGGAAAAGUAAUGCUUUGCUACGAGAUUGGGAUUUGUGGGGCCCAUUAAUACUGUGUGUGACACUUGCAUUAAUGCUACAAAAGAGCUCUGUGGAUGGAGAAAAAGAUGGAGGACCACAAUUUGCAGAAGUUUUUGUCGUCGUCUGGUUUGGAGCGGUUACUAUUACACUCAAUUCAAAACUUCUUGGCGGCAACAUUUCUUUCUUUCAGAGCCUAUGCGUGCUGGGAUACUGUAUCCUUCCUUUGACCGUUGCAAUGCUGAUUUGCCGCCUGGUGCUUUUGGCUGGGCAGGGACCAAUAAACUUCAUGAUUCGGCUUUUUGUGGUGGCAGUGAUGUUCGCUUGGUCUGUGAUUGCAUCUACAGCCUUUCUUGCUGACAGCCAGCCUCCAAACCGCAAAGCUCUCGCUGUGUAUCCAGUCUUUUUAUUCUAUUUUGUGAUCAGUUGGAUGAUACUCACAUUCACUCCAUAGUAAAACUGGGUACAAGCAUUGAAAACCAAUUAACUGAAGGCUCACCUGAAAGAACAGCUUACCGAUAACUUCCCCUCUUCCUUGAUCAUUCUUGAGGUAUUAAAAGGGAGCCACAUAGCACUGUUGUCAUUUAUAAAGGAACUGAUAUUUGCAAGACUGUCCUCUUUCUCUUAAUGUUAUUUCUUUCAAAUACAUUUGCAUACCACACAUAGUAAAAUGCCUCCUUAAGGCAUGAUGAAGUUACUGUGAUCUAUUAGGGUGACAACCAGUGACUCGAGGAGCAAGUGGAUCCAUUCUGCAAAUUAAAAAGGGUUGGUGAUCAUCUUCAGCUUGGAGAAUAUUUGUUCACGUGCAGCUCUUAAACACAUUGCCUUAUGACUAUUAGAAUAUGCCUCUUUUCAUAAGUAGUAAUAGUCUGUAUCCAUUUUCUUUUUCUGUUCUCCCCCAAACUUAAGAAGGCAAAGACAGGUUAGGAAGGUUUAUAGAUGUGGGAGGAGAAAACAUGCAUUAACUAAUUUUCAGAGUUUGGUCAGAGGUAGUGCUAUACUUGGUUUGUUUUUUGUUUGUUUUUAAGCAAAUGACAUCUAAAGAAACAGCUUUUUAAUAAUAUUUUUAUAUAGUUGCCUUUCUGUCAUGUAUAACAGUACCUCAGCUAGUACUCUAGUUUUUAAUCUUUCCUCUGUUUAUAUUUUCCUGAAUAUACAAUGCUAGCAGUCAGGCAUGCAACUUUCCUUUGACUGAUGUUCUCAGUGGUCCAAUGUUUGAGCUUUUCUAAGUAGCAGAAGGAAGAAAUCUACUUCAUGGUUUUGUAAUGCAUAUUGUCAUGUGGGCACUUUCUUUUAAGGUAUAGGUUACAUAUUGCAUAGCUAAAAGGACCUAUUCAUUAUUUGGUAUGGUCCAGCCUCAGACUAGAAAGAAAGGCUACAUCAGAAGUGUACAUUUAACCAAAUGGACACAGAAUCUAGUGUUCUGAAGCCUGGGUAACAGACGGAUGUGUAUGUAACAUGACAAAGGGUAAGUUGAGUUUACAGCUGCUGCCUUUCCUGUAGUGGGCUCAGCAUUUUUUUUUUAUUAUAUAUGGAGUUUUUUGUAUUUGUUUGUUUGUUUCUGGCUGGGGAAUAGCAAUUUAUUUUGUGUUUUAUAGACUUUAUUUGUAAACCUAGUAAGCUCCCCUUUAGAUAUGUACAUUUUGCACAUGUGCACCCACCUAUACUCUCAGAUAUUUAUGCACAGAAGUGUGAAGGUUUUUCAGGGAACAGAAUGUCAGACAGGCUGAUUCGCAGCUAAGUAGGACUCCUGUAAGGUAGUAAGAGCUGUUACCUUCUCUAUUUCAAUUGAAGAAUUCUAAUUGACAAAAAUUAGGAGUCCGAUCAUUCAUUGUAAAUAUGCACUUACUUAUAGAGAUAGAAAUUUCUUAUUCCGUGUGUUUUCUUUAUCACAGAAUUUAAAUAUUUAUUGAUUUUGUAUUUAAAGACUACCUUCAUAUAAAUAUAAUUCUAAAAAUGUAAUUUUUCCCAUUCUCAGAGUAACCAAAUGAACAAUGCUAGGCCAAAUGAGUUCAUGGGAUGAGUUACAAAGCAUUACUGAGUUUACCCUCACUAUCCCAGCCUUGUCUAAAGAUUUGGUGGUAUAUAUUUGAAUUUAUUGUAAUUUAUUUUUUAAAUUAUAAACCCUGUGUGGAUACAUCAAGUGUUUCACUCUUGAGUUAGUAAGAAAAAAAAUUGAAACUGACGUUGAUUUUUUUGAGGUUUGUCAUAAAUUCUCUCUUUCCAUUAUCUGAAAAAUUUUAAGCUUUCCACUCAAAUAUUUUUUCUAAGUUUUUUUUUUUGUAAUCUGCCCAAGUAAGUAUAAUAAUGUAGUAACCAUACUUCUCAAAAGUAUAAUAAUGUAGUAACCAUACUUCUCAAAGGAGAUUUAGUCUCUACUGGAUUUUACUCAGGUGAAACAUUUAUUCUGAAAUCCCUAACGCCACAAUUUAAGGGCAUUUGGAGGGUUACACACAUUGGAUAUAAGACAGUGUGAUCCUGUGAGUGUUAAUCUGUUGCUCUUGGGUAAUUUGAUAAAUGGUUUUAUAUAAUUGAAAUGUAGGACUGAGGGUGUAGUUUGGUGGUAGAGCAUUUGCCAGACAUGCAUAGUACUGUUGAUUCAGUCCUUGGCAUUGCCAAAAAAAAGUAGAUGAACUGGAAGAUUAAUUACUUUUUUUCUAGAUUCGAAUGAUAAAUAUAUGCAAAAUGUCUGUUGCUUUCUGUGACAAGUGAAGUCCUGAGUCUGAAAGUUGUAAUGUAGCUUUUCUUGGUUUGUUGCAAAGGCUUAUGGUUGAUUCUAGAAAUGAAGACUAGAAGGGCAGAAGCCUACAACAGAGGGACUCCUAUUCUAGGUUGGUGACAUUUCAUGCUUCUGGUGAAUUUCAAGCAGAAUGUGUGUGUAUGGGUAUCAUAGCCAGCUUGGGUGAUCACCUGCUGUUUCUACAUCUGAGACCAUGACAAUUGUUGUUACAUGGCUUAGCCAUAGGAGGGGUGAAGACUUGAUUUAAUUGGUUCUCAGAUUACAAAAACUAUCAAUGACAACAUAUUUAAAUGUUCUGAAUGGUUCUUGAAAGUCACCAUCCAAUAAGGAUUUUUUUUUUUUAUAUUUAUGUGUUUUGUUUGAAUUUUAGCCUCAAAGUUAUAUAAGUUGAAUUUGUUUUUUUUCAUUGUGUUGUGGGAUCUUUCUUUUGUUGGGUGAAGUUAUGUAUCAAGAGUGGUAAUCAUUUUGCUGUUGACUCGUCUUUUAUAAAUAGUACCCCUAAAAAUGUGAUUAGAAGGCUAAUAAGCCUGUACUUGGAGAUAUAAUAAUCUGUUGACUUACUGCAUCUGAGAUGCCUGCUUUUUCCUGGAGAUGAAAAUGAAAAUUUGUCAGUUGAUAUUUUUGGGUACCGUUGAGUCAUCCAUUGCAUACUGAUAUUUUAGUACAGUUUGAGUACUGAAGUGAUCCUUAACUAGACUGUCAAUUUCUGAGACGGUUGAAUGGAACUAAAUGUAUGAAUAUUGAUGGAUCCAUGUAUGUAAAUUAAAGAUCCUUUUCUAGAGUCUGUGCUUUUGUUAUGAAUAUAGAACUGACAGGGACAAUAAUUUUAUGAUUAUUAAUAGUUAACAUUUAUUGGGCACUUACUCUAUACCAAUUUAGUAUUCUACUUUUAAAAGAACUAUUGUAAUAGCUUUAUUAAAGUACACUUUACCAUAAAAUCCAGUUUUCAAAGUGUACAAUUCAGUGUUUCUUACUGUAUUUUGAGUUCCACAACCAUCACUGCUGUCUAAUUUGAAAAUGUCUGUCUUUAUCACUGCAGAGAAACCAGUCACACCUGUUCUCUAUUCACCUUCAGUUCCUGCAACUACUAGUCUACUUUCUGUCUAUUCAUCUGGCUGUUUGUAGUACCUGCUCUAUUCCCUCCACUCCUCGACAUAAAGUACUAUAAUUCUCAUUUUACAGUAGAAAAUUGAGGCACAGAAAUGUAAUUGUCCAAGGCCAUGCAGGAAGUUAAUUUAUGGUAAGAACACAUUAGAUGAGAUGCAGUUUACAUUGUACUGUUAGGCACAUAAAAUGAACACAUUCCCUCCCAGGGUUAGUCUCCUGUUACUAACCUUUGCACCCUAGAGCUGACUGGAGAUAGAAUGUCUUGUUCUUUUUUCAGAGUAAUAGAACUCUGGCAUCUGAGCACACAAAGCAGGCAGACUUAGGAAGAAAUAGUUUUUCUGCCUUUGAACCCUCUUUCUCCUUCUCUUUUUACACACAAUCUAUAUUUGUUAAAGUUUCAAGAAUCAAACAAAGUACUUUAAAAACUUCCCAUUUUACAUAUACAUAGUCUUUUUCUCAAAUUUGAAGAUCAACUACUUUUACUUUUCCUAUGGAACAUCUCUUACGAUGUUUAUAGUAUAGGGUUGUAUCUGGUCACAUAGGGUACUGGGACUAAUAAGACUGAAGUAAGUCGUUUGAGAACUGAAUGCCUUUUCCAUUUGGGUAUAUGUGGUGAGCAUAAAGACUUUGCCUUAAUGAAGUUUGUUCAUUUCUGGUCUUUGGUACUCUAAUUCUGAUCUUUCUUAUGAACAGUAAACCUGUGUAAAGAAACUUGUAAAAUGGUUUGUAAAUGUUGUAUGUGUCAAUAAAAACACUGGAAAGGG